AUGGAUUCACCAAAUGAUCUACCAACCAUUGCCGAGAUCGAAGCGUCGACAAAUAUCUUGAGCAUAGGAACAAACACCAUAAAAGUAGUCCGAGUCAAGGACCGCUUUGCAGUCAAGGUCGCACGUGGGAUCCCACCUCUAGAAGCCGAGAAUAUAAAAUUUGUAGCAGCAAACAGCAACGUCUCCGUACCAAAUGCCUACGCCAACUUCGUCGUUCCAGAGACCAAGAAACGAUAUAUCAUCCUAUUGCCAUUUCUCACACCCACCGAGAAGAAUAAAGUCAGCGAGCGAAUCAAGGAACAGAUCGACGAAUUCAGAUCUAUACCACCACCAGAUUACCUGGGAUAUCUGGAUGGCACGCCUUACGCCGAAGCUGUUCUCUCAAUGGUACAUAUAUCCGGUCAUUAG